AUGAAAUCUGCACAAACAAAUUCACAGCAGCUCCAAGAAAAAAUUGAUCAAGAGGUUAAAUUAGGUAGAGUAGCUGGGCCGUUCAAGAAUAUCCCCAUGUCAAAUAUCAAGUGUAGCCCAAUAGGCAUUGUUCCCAAAAAGCAAGGGGGGUGGCGUAUGAUUUGUAACUUAUCUGCACCAGAGGGAAAUAGUGUUAAUGACUUUAUAGACCCAGAUCUCUGCACUGUUCAUUAUACAUCAUUUGACUCGACAGUAAGAAUGAUAAAAGAACUAGGCAAGGGAGCUUUGUUGGGGAAAAAAGACAUUUCUAGCGCAUUCAGACUCCUUCCUAUUCGCCCCGAGGAUUUUUCCUUGCUUGGUUUUUAUUUUAACAACUAUUAUUUCGAUAAGUGCCUCCCAUUCGGUUGCUCUAUAGCAUGUGCUACAUUUGAAAAAUUUGCAACAGCCCUCCAUUGGAUUGUUCAAGAUCGAGCCAAUAUUGACACAUUAGUACACUACCUUGAUGAUUUCCUUUUUGCAGGCCCUGCAAACACCCUUGUGUGCAAAAACCUCAUGCAAAUAUUUGACAUAACUUGUGAAACGCUCGGCGUUCCUCUGUCAGAGGAAAAAACUGAAGGUCCUACAACAUGUUUAACAUUUCUAGGGUUAGGGAUUAAUACCAUCACCCAAACUAUAUUUGUCCCUAAAGAUAAAGUCGACGCCCUUAAAGCCCAACUUCAAAACGUUGCCUCGCGUCGCAAAAUUACUCUUAAAGAAAUGCAAUCAUUAGUUGGAUCUUUGGCAUUUAUUUCUAAGGCAAUACCUGCAGGGAGAGCCUUUUGUAGGCGAUUUUAUGACAGCCUAUCACAGGGAUACAAACAACACCAUUAUAUCACUAUCUCAAGGGCACUUCGCGAAGAUGUAGAUAUAUGGCUCGAGUUCCUGUCUGACUUUAAUGGCACAACUGUAUUCCCAGAUAUUCACUGGUCAGAUAAAGACACUAUUCACAUAUCCUCUGAUAGCUCUGGUUCACUUGGGUGUGGGGUCAUAUUUGGUACACAAUGGUCCUACCUACAAUGGCCCUCCAGAAUGGUCACAACACGAUUGUAG